GGGGCGACGCCGCUUCCGCCCGGCGCUAAGAUGGCGGCGCCCUUUGUCUGGUCGGUGUCACGGUGAGGGCCGCGGGCCGUGGGUAAGGCCCUGCCGGGCCCGGCAUGGCAGGAUCCAUUCCUGGGAAUGAGGACAGACCCCUGUGGGCAGAGGCAGCGAGGGCUGGGGCCGCGUUGUUCCCUGAGCUGACGCAUGAGGCGAGAGAUGACGGAUGGCUGCGUAGAGACUGACCUGAACUACCACUUUCCACCUGGAAAGCGGAAAUCUCUGGAGGAGAGACACAGCCCUCUGACCCUCACAGCUCCUCACAGCAGAGGGCCAUGGAUUUCCCGCAGCACAGCCAGCAGGUGCUGGAGCGGCUGAACCAGCAGCGGCAGCUGGGGCUGCUCUGCGACUGCACCUUCGUGGUGGAUGGCAUCGACUUCAAGGCCCACAAGGCCGUGCUGGCCGCCUGCAGUGAUUACUUCCGCAUGCUCUUCGUGGACCAGAAGGACGUGGUGCACCUGGACAUCAGCAAUGCCGCAGGCCUGGGCCAGGUUCUGGAGUUCAUGUACACGGCUAAGCUGAGCCUGAGCCCUGACAACGUGGAGGACGUGCUGGCCGUGGCAGGUUUCCUGCAGAUGCAGGAGAUCGUCAGCGCUUGCAACGCACUCAAAUCUCUCUCUGUGCCCCCAGAAAAUCCCCCUGGGCUGAACCAGCAGCCCCCCGAGAUGGGAGCUGACAAGGUGGCGGCCGAUGACAAGACAUUGGUGUUGGCAGAAGCUCUGGGGGAGCCUGACAAAGCCAGGUCAGCUGCUCCUGACACUGAGGAGAAGGAGGAGAAGCCGGAGGUGGCGGCACAGCCCGAGGCACCUGCGGAGCAGCCAGUUGGCCAGGAAGGGUCAGGCGCUGCCAUCCAGGAGGAUCUCAAGGUCGACAUUGCCGGGCUCCCGCAGCCGUCGGAGAGUGCAGCAGGCAGCGGCACCGCGGCCACCGACAGCACCGGGACAGGAGAGAUGAAGCCAGAAAGGAAGGAGGAAGAGGAGGAGAUGAUAGUGGAGAAGGAAGAUGAGGGUAAAAUCCCUGAGGAAGAGCGCGCCCAGCUGGAGAACGGGGAGAACACUGAGGAUAACGAGUUGGGAAGCACAGAUUCGGGGCAGGAGAACGCGGGGGAGCUGCGCCUGCCGCACUCCGGCACCUUCAGCGACCGCACCGAGUCCAAGGCCUACGGCUCCGUCACGCACAAGUGCGAGGACUGCGGGAAGGAGUUCACCCACACCGGCAACUUCAAGCGGCACAUCCGUAUCCACACUGGAGAGAAGCCCUUCUCGUGCAGGGAGUGCAGCAAGGCCUUCUCCGACCCGGCUGCCUGCAAGGCCCACGAGAAGACGCACAGCCCGCUGAAGCCCUACGGCUGCGAGGAGUGCGGCAAGAGCUACCGGCUCAUCAGCCUCCUGAACCUGCACAAGAAGCGGCACACGGGCGAGGCGCGCUACCGCUGUGAGGACUGCGGCAAGCUCUUCACCACCUCGGGCAACCUGAAGCGGCACCAGCUGGUGCACAGCGGGGAGAAGCCCUACCAGUGCGAGUACUGCGGGCGCUCCUUCUCCGACCCCACCUCCAAGAUGCGCCACCUGGAGACGCACGACACCGACAAGGAGCACAAGUGUCCCCACUGCGACAAGAAGUUCAACCAGGUGGGGAAUUUGAAGGCUCACCUGAAGAUCCACAUUGCAGAUGGGCCCCUGAAGUGCCGGGAGUGUGGGAAGCAGUUCACCACGUCAGGUAACCUGAAGCGGCACCUGCGGAUCCACAGCGGGGAGAAGCCGUACGUGUGCGUGCACUGCCAGCGCCAGUUCGCCGACCCCGGCGCGCUGCAGCGCCACGUCCGCAUCCACACCGGAGAGAAGCCGUGCCAGUGCUUGAUCUGCGGGAAAGCCUUCACCCAGGCGAGCUCCCUCAUCGCCCACGUGCGCCAGCACACCGGGGAGAAGCCCUACGUGUGCGAGCGCUGUGGGAAGAGGUUUGUCCAGUCGAGCCAGCUGGCCAACCACAUCCGUCACCACGACAACAUCCGGCCCCACAAAUGCACCGUCUGCAACAAAGCCUUCGUCAACGUGGGCGACCUGUCCAAGCACAUCAUCAUCCACACAGGGGAGAAGCCCUUCCUGUGUGACAAGUGUGGCCGUGGCUUCAACCGCGUGGACAACCUGCGCUCCCACGUGAAGACCGUGCACCAAGGCAAGGCUGGCAUCAAAAUCCUGGAGCCCGAGGAAGGCGACGAGGUCAACAUCGUCACGGUGGCAUCCGAUGACAUGGUGACAUUGGCCACCGAGGCGCUGGCUGCCACUGCUGUCACACAGCUCACGGUGGUGCCCGUGGCGGCCGCGGUGACGGCGGAUGAGACCGAAGCGCUCAAAGCCGAGAUCACCAAAGCGGUGAAGCAAGUGCAGGAGGCAGACCCCAACACGCAGAUCCUUUAUGCCUGCGAUUCCUGCGGGGAGAAGUUCCUGGACGCCAGCAGCCUGGCGCAGCACGUGCGCAUCCACACGGCGCAGGCGCUCGUCAUGUUCCAGGCGGAGCCCGACUUCUACCAGCCCUACGGCUCCUCGGGCUGGCCGGCAGAGCAGGUCAUCCCCGCCGCCGAGCUCCUCUUCCGCCCCCGCGACGGCCCCGAGCUGCCCCCGGCCGCUGCCCCGGCCCCCCCGGCCGAGGGGCCGCCCCCGCCCCCCGAGUGACCCCGACCCCGCCCAGCCUUUAUUUAAGGGGCAGCUCGGAAACGGUGUAAAAAGUGUAUUUCUGCAAGGAAAGAGAUGGAAUAAAAUGCAAUAUUUUGUAAGGGUUGGUGCUCCGGGAGGGGGGACACGCUGCGGUUUCCCCUCCAGGGGGUGUUUUGGGUGGGGACUGAAAUUCUCCAAUCAGUGCUGAGAGUGUGAUGUGUUCAAAGUGGGGAUAAAUGGGAUGAUUAAGGAUAAAAACGGUGGUUUAAGGUUUUUAGCCCAACCCAGGACAGCAGACGGGGAUUUUUGGGGUAAAGCCCAAGAAGACCCUCACCUGCUGACCCCCACCGAGGCAAGGGAGCUGCCCUUGUUUGGGGGUAAAAACAGGAGAAAAGGUGUAGCUGGAUGGAGGUGGGGGAUGGCAGCCUGUCCUCCCCCACCCGGGGUCUGGGGGCUCAGCUGGGCACACCCACAAGGGACCCUCCAGGCCCUGCAGCUGGGAGAGGG